UAUUGCAUACUUACAUUACAUUUACAUAUACGCACAUGCCAAAUUUUCACUAUACUCCAGAAAUCUACUUCAGAUUUGCUCUUCAUCCUCUCUAGCUUGCAUUCGCUUUACUCCCCUCGCUUCUGCUAGUCUCUGUCCGAGUCGUAAUUCACGUUGCGUUUUGAGCCUUCGCGGAAUCGCAUCCCUAGACUCGAAUUCGCUUCCGAACCCAAAUACCUCCAACUACCUCCCCAACACCUAUUCCGACUUCAUGAAGAAAUGGCGCAUCAACAAAUCGCUCGCCCGCGAUGACCUCUAGGCCCCCCAUGGCCGUCCCUCAGCGACAGCCUCAGAGAACUUUGAGCGGCUCGGGGUUGUCGCAAUCCCCUACCCACCAACGAACCCUCUCACAGCAAUACCUCCCCCAAUCCCCUAUACGAAAGUCGGACACCUUUAGCGAGCAGUCUUCCGACCUAGGCGAUGUUGCACAGAAUCGGUAUAAUACCCUUCCCAGAAGGGGAGGGUCGAGGCUCAAACUUGAGCUCGCCAACGAUGGCAUCGAACAUCCGGGCUUCAGCGAAUCCCCGCAGAAUCUGGAUGCUAUUUCUGCCAACAAAGUCUUCACUCCGUCGCGAGUAAUGUCGAUGAAUGACGUUUCCGAUGCUGGUGAUAUGACUCCGCGUACGUCGAGGUGUCAGACUGCCGAUGAUGACUCAGUCCCGCUGCCCAUGCCUCCUCAUCGAACCCGGCUCGCGGUACCCGCCAAGCGCCCGGAACCUUCGAGUACGAUGACGAGCACGCCUCCUAAGAAGGAUGCUCGUCCGAAACCAUUCGUCCUCGAGACGCCAUCGAUCGCUCCCCGCUACCCAAGUAUGGGCAAGCCAGAGCCGGCCGGUAAAACAAGAACUAAGGAUACCGCUCGUGCGUCUACUGACCUAUGCGCAGGUUUCGCUGAUUUCUACCCUUGGAAUGGACAGCAUCCCGAAGACCAGUUUACGGAUAGCAUCAUCAGGCAUGGGUUCUUCGACAAGGCACCGGCGCAGUCCACGCAGGAACCGGCAUCUGCCAAGGCCCCGUUGUUUCCCGCCAUGAAACAUAAAAAUGGCCUUCAUACGCUAUCAUCAUUAUUCACUGGCAUAUUGAAUCAAAGGCGACAUAGUGGCCAGAUCACGUCCGCUUCCACCUUCAAACCCCCACCUCGUGUCACGUUAACCGAUACGAAACGAGAGAUUUGGCUGAAAGACCUCGCCAAUCCUGCCAUAUCCCUCAGGCGUCUUAGUCGAACCAUACCUCAUGGUAUUCGUGGCAAAAUCUUGCUUGAGCAAUGCUUGAAUAAGAACGUUCCCACCGACCGUGCUGUAUGGCUCGCCAAGUGCGUCGGGGCGAACGAAAUUCGCGCCUUUAAGAGGAAAGGGGUAAAUGGUACAUUCGUCAUGGGCGGGGAAGCCAAGUGGAUUAGAGAUUGGACCGUGUUUGUCGAACAAUUCGUCGAAUCUGUCACCAAUGCGUUUAGCGAGGAAGAUUGGAAGACGAAGGUUACAUAUGCCAUCCGCCUCGCCACGCACCUUUACGCCGAACACCUUUUAGACCGCGACCAUUAUAUGGACUGGCUGGUCUCCGGCUUGGAAAAUAGUAACCAAGCUAAAUUGCCCAUGUGGCUUCUGAUUAUCCAGAUAUACUGGAAAGAUAUCCUCAAAUUAAGAAGACAUGGCCGACGAUUAGUAAACGCUAUUCUCUCACAUCACUCAUCUAUAUAUUAUCACCCCGACCGUGACAUCUUGCUCCCUCUUGCUACACGCUUACAAGCUUUAGUAGAAUCUCUACUUCUAACCAGCCCCGAGAACUUUGUGUGCCCCGCAACUUGGUUGAAAUUUCGUGACUCCUUAGCCGAAGCCUCCGCUGCGAAUAAUACCGAAUCGAGAUCGAGGGCGCUUAAAGCGAUCGACCUGCGUAAUGACUAUUUAACGAGCUCCAAUGCCAAAUCUCAGCCUGCCCUCCGAAGUAUAGUAGUACAGCUACUUGACAGCAUACAUCGAACGCCCCUUGACGAUGCGAUCCCUAAGCAGCUUUGGAAAACGAGUGAAAAUAAAUUAUCUAUAGUGAGGACUAUUUUAGAAUGGUGUACUUCGCUGUAUCGACCUGGAGUUGCUAAGGUGUACAUUGCUACAACGCUCCUUCGUUCGUCCACGGACUUCGAUAUCGAUGUCACCAGAGCCGUCCUAGACUUUUUAGACGCCGACCCGCUCCAAGAAAUCGCUCGAAAGCACCUCGUCUAUCAUGUUGUAUCGGAGCUCGCUCGGUCCGGCCACUUCUUAGUCCCGCAAUAUAUACAAUGGCUCAUAGCGCGUGGUGGUCUCUUGGAUGCUAGUCAAACGGCGCCGGAUGGACCUUGCAUUACUAGACUUCUCGUCGAGAUUCCCAUCCAUUCUUUGAACGAGUCCAUGAAAAACUUAAGGGCGACCCUACUACGAAGGGCAUGUUUUUCGGUAGAGGACGAGGCAAAGGAUAUUGCAAUGGCAAUAAGUUGUGUUAAGGGCACACUUUCCAUUCCCCUGGGACCCGAUGAUGCCCCGUUGCAAAGAAAGCCGAUGAGCUUAAAGAAGCUAUCGAGACUAAUCCACUUGAGCAGCCGUUCGCUCAAAACGACCGUUUCCUCGUGGCUUAGCAACAACUUUGUCGGCAGUUUUGCUCAUAAUUUACAGUCAGCCAAAGGGGGCAUGGAAUUGCCUAAAACAAUGUUUGAGACGAUACGGACGCUGCUUGAAGCCGCCGAGGAUUAUACUAUGAUGGAAAAUGUCUUGAAGCUGGCUGCACCAUGUUCCAAUGCUGAACUUCUCGCAUGCUGCACAGACACUAUUAACCUUCAUCUACCGGUAUUCACCGCAACUGGGGCGGCCAAGCCGCUCUUCCAGAUUCUUUAUGACCGACUCAAGGUUAUCUUAGAGCAGCAAGGCGUAGGUGCACGGCCGCUGCUUGCUUCUCUUGCCAACCUGGCACCACGCUUGACUGGUUUCGAGGACGUGUCGGCGCAAUUGCACAAUGACUUAGUUCGGUUAGACCGUAGUAGCGCCGCUGACGCCUCAUCUCCGCUGUCUGAUAAUAUGGCUACACAGCUCCAAGACGUGGAGACAGAAUUAAGCGAGCAGAUAGAGAAGCUUGCCACUUACUCGAGCGCCGACAAGCGGACGAUGGAACAUCUAUUCUACGCAAUCGCGAAGAGACUACAGUCUUACUGGGGUAAAAAGGACGAACGUCAACGACUCUGCUGUAUCCUUCUUAUGAGACUACGCGUAUUCGACAUCCACCAUUUUAAGGAGCUCAUGAGGGACUGGGUCCAACAUAUACGCAGGCUACCGAACCGACGACCCGUUUCCGAGCUCUUCCCGCCUCUCUUUAGUUCGGGUUGUCUGACUCUUCCCAUCCUAUUCUCAACUGCUACGAGGUCACGUGGCCAAACCAACCAGCUUCCGAGGGCCGCGGGGUUUGCUUCUAUUUACAUGCAGGAAAUACUGCAAAUGUUGAUGACGCCAUUUAGCCCCAGCCCAAUCAUGACUUCGGAGGACUGCUAUCGCUUCCGUAUCAUUCAAGAUCACGCCAAGCGCGACCAUGCGAAGGAGUUAAUGCCUCUAAUCCGUGAUGCACUAGCGGAAUACUCAGAAUCUCGCAAUCAGCAAGUCAUGAUCGAACAACCGCUUGAGGAUGAGCAAACUAAGGAUCGCCUCCUCGAGCUCUUCCGAGACUUAGUGCUUGUUGAUCCGAGUGCUGCCAGUCGAGUGGUUUCGCUGAAAAGUCCCGAACCAAAAUUAGCUACACUUAUUGAAAGGUGGACUACGAAACUACUAGUUCCCCAUGGAGGUGGCGGACAAAAAUCUUUUGAGCAGGUUCUGGAGUUGGCAAACGAAUUCACGUUGCCCUUCUGUCAGGUCAAGCUUUCAUUAAACCUUGCAAUCGACGAAUCCAGCGGUCUGGAAGCAUCCGAGAGGGUUCACUCGCAAUUCGAGCUGCUGUCAAAAGCCCUCGACAACGCCAUCGACGCUAAUAAUAUCAUGUGGACGGGUAUGCUACCUUCUCUUGCCCCUGACAUUACGCAACACAUGAGAAACCGGGCGGAAUCACGUUUUCUCGAUAUUAUUCCGUCUCUGAAGAAUCCCCCAGAUGAGACCUUAUGUUAUAAGGAUAUUCAUAUGGCGGAAAAUUUAUUAACAGUUAUCGACUCAAUUUUCCGCGGAGGGUCGGGGUCAAAGGUGUCUCCGCUCUCCAGCGCCUUGGUGGACAAGCUCGCCGAUCUGUGGGAUAUUCUAGCCUCGCGGGCCAACGAAUAUACCUCAUUGAGAAGUGCUGUGCUUUCGCAUUGGCUUCCCCUUCUCUUCUCUUACCUGACUCUUUACACCUCACCAUCCGCGAGCGCAAUAGACGCCUCGAGAUUAGCAUUACAGGGAGGCGAAAUCCGUGGCCGCGCUUUAAUCGUUCUUGCCGGCCUUGUCCAAGAACUCGACAACCACCCAUCUUCCAAUCUUGGCCAGCAGGCAUUCGAUAUCGCACUCGCACUCGUUGAUAGCUUAUCCGAAGACGCGCGCCAAUCAUGCGUGCGUGCGGUGAAAGACGCCACCGCCGACCCUAGACUCAAAUAUCUAUUUAGCUUCGCUCCGAACCCAGCAGAGGAUUUCAUGUUGGCCCACCGGGACAAGCAGCCCUCCGGUAUCCAUGAAAGAAGAGCGAUGGCAAUGGGCAUGAGCAUGAUACCCGAAAGAUUAACCCCUUUCGUCUUCAGGAGAUGGGAAAUUCUCAACGAACCCACCCCUAAUGUGGGCGAGAACGAUACGAGCUUAAGCUUGACGCUGUUCGACGCCCGGAAGAUCAAGUAAUAUAGCCUACGAGGGCAAACAGGAUCACUUCCAAUUAUUAUUAUUAUCUACCGGCAUGUAUCGAUAGGAGGGGGUUCGUAAUUAGGUGUCAGCCGAACCAACGAGAAUAUUAGCGACGCGACUUCAACAUCUGGGAUUGGA